AUGUCGAGCUCUAGAUACUUCAUUCGACGCUUCAAGAGAAUCACCUCAUCGUCCACAAUCCAGCUCCUGACAAUAUGCUUCUGCGCAUUCCUCGCGAUCCGCUGGGUCAUCCGGCAUAACCACGACGACGACAACGCGGAGAAAUACAAGACGCUCGCCAUUUCGGUCGACACGGCAAAAGUGGAUUGGUUUAAGCUUUACUAUGUCCAAUAUGUGACGACCGAGGAGGAGCUGUGCAAUGCGCUGAUCGUCUGGAGUGAAAUCGAGGAGAUUGGCAGUCGCGCGCAGCGCAUGAUGUUCUACCCUGCGGAUUGGGAUCUGGAUGAGAAGGAUACGACUCCGAGUAAACCGGACGAGUUGACGGCAAGGGCACGACUUUUACGGACGGCGAAGAGGGCGUACUUUGUGAAGCUUACUGCUCUCGAUGUGCUGGGCGCAAAUCACCCGGAACGCUCGCAAUGGGUGGGAUCGUACACGAAGCUUCUGGCAUUUGGUCUUGUUGAAUGGGAUCGCGUGUUGGUUAUUUCUCCGGAUUCAACGGUUCUAAAUAAUCUUGAUGAAUUAUUCUUAUUCCCCUCCGCGCCGAUCGCGAUGCCAUAUAUUUAUCGCCCUGGGACGGAACCCACCUCUUGGACAUACUCCUCCCAACUUCUUUUGGUGGAACCCAACGAGAAGCUUUUUGAAGCAGUCAAGAAUGAAAUAAAAGAAAAAGGCAGUGAUGGAAACGAUAUGGACAUAUUAUCAUCCCUAACCUCCCGCAAACCCCUCCGAAUCCCUCAGCGGCCAUAUCACUUCCCCACUUCCGAAUUUCGCCAACACACGCAUACUACAUACCUCACCACUCGUAAUAGUUCAGAUACAUGGGACCCGGAGCGGAUAAUGGAUGAGGCAAAAGUGUUGCAAUUCGAUGAUAGUGUUCCAAAGCCUUGGAUAAAGGCCAAACAGGGGAUUAUGAAUAGCAAUAUGCCGAUAUGCAGAGAAAGAGACGGAUUUGGUGCUACGGACUGUAGAGACCGAGCAAAAUGGUUAGGGGUGUAUGAGACGUUUCAAUUGAGGAGGGAAAGUGUUUGUGGGGUUGGGUUUGAAGUUAGAGGUGAGGUGGAUGAGGAUAGGGGAUGGGAUGGGAGACUGGAUAUGAUGGUUGAGGUUGGGAAGUAA